CCCUCUCCGAGGGAAUUCAGCUCAGUCACAGAUGGCAUCGCAGUUGCCUGGCAACCCAUUCUGGGCGUCGCAAACAUCUGGGGUCCUAGGCCCUGCGCGUGAGGUUGUGUGGGCCUGCCAUCAGCCUUGUAAGAGCGCCUCCCACUGUGUGUUUUACCAUGCCACACACCCGAGAGCCAUCCCAGCGCCCCACAGAGGACAGCGAUGCCCAUGUGGUUCACUUGCAGACUUCCAAGAAAACGCCUAAGAACCCAACUCACUUCACUCAGUACCAGGAACCAUGGGACCGGCUCAACUCUACUCCCACAAUCACCUCCAUGCGACGGGGUAUUUGGUUUUUUGAUCUCGAGGUACCAAAGGAUGACCUGGAUUUCCGAUUAGCAGCCUUAUAUGAUCACCACUCUGGGGCAUUCAAGAACAAAUGUGAGAUACUUCUUCAAAAGGAGACUGUCCAGAGUACCCAAAGCACACCGUCAUCUAGACUGCAAGCCCCUGAAGAACAGCCAGUCCAGACCCCACAAGCCUUUGUCACUACCCGAGAUAACAUCAGACAGUGGGUGAACCCCAAGAAGGAAUGCAUCCACAGUAUCCAGGGGUCCAUAGUGUCCCCUCACACUGCAGCCACAAACAGAGGCUACUCCCGAAAAAAUGAUGGCGGCUUCUUCUCCACCUAGCGCUGACGGGUCCCUGGACUAAGUAACCGCAAUGUCAUAUCC